AUGGGGCAGGGACUGCUGGUGCAGCGCAUGGGGAAACAGCGGGUGAUUGCGGAAACGGGAGCCGGCCAGCACGGCGUGGCCACGGCAACCAUGGCGGCACGCAUGGGAUUUGAGUGCACGAUUUACAUGGGAUCGGUGGAUGUGGAGCGGCAGCGGCCGAACGUGUUCUGGAUGGAGCAGCUGGGCGCACGCGUGGUGUCCGUAGACGACGGCACCAAGACGCUGAAAGACGCCAUCAACGCCACGCUGCGCGAUUGGGCCGACUCGAUGCAUACGACGCACUACGUCAUGGGCACGGUGUGCGGUCCGCAUCCCUUCCCGCAGAUGGUCACCUACUUCCAAUCGCUCAUUGGCCGGGAGGCCCGUUCGCAGAUGUUGGAGCAGACUGGCAAGCUGCCCAAAAGGGUCUAUGCGUGUGUCGGUGGCGGAUCGAAUGCCUCGGGGAUCUUUGCCGGCUUUCUGGACGACGCGGAGGUGGAGUUGGUAGGCGUCGAAGCGGGCGGACUGGGUUUGGACAGCAGCCAGCAUGCGGCUCGGCUGGCGCGCAACGUAGGGUCCACCGGGGUUGCGCAGGGUUACAAAACACGCUUCCUGCAAAAUGCCGAGGGGCAGAUGCGGCCAACACACUCGGUCUCGGCAGGUCUGGAUUACGUUGGCGUAGGGCCCGUCUUGGCGUACCUGCACGACAUUGGCCGUAUCCGCGUUGAAGCCGCCACAGACGCCGAUGUCCUGGCCUCAUUACAGCACGUGAUGCGGCGCGAGGGCAUCAUUCCCGCCCUGGAAAGCACUCAUGCUUUUGUUACCGCGCUGAAGGAAGCACCGGAUUUGUCGCCGCAAGACAGCAUUCUGAUCAACCAGUCGGGGCGGGGCGACAAGGACAUUUUCACGAUCGCCGAAGCGCUCGGCGACGACCCCUGGCGGGCAUUCUUGCGGCAAAAAGUGGGGGAAUGGGAUGCAGGGAAAACCGCAAACGACGGGAUACCGGCAUGA